UUUUUGUUUACAUGAUCUCGUUGUACGUUUUUUUUUGCGAAAACUGGUGCGAAACGUAUCGCGUUGAGUUUAACAAAAACAGAUUUCAUUUUUAACAUUCUUGUAUUGUAGAAUUGGUUUUUUCAUGUAACACAACAAGACAUCUUAAUACGACAGGGAACAGCAUCAGCGGAAAGGUCAGUAACACAUACUAAAUAGUUUUUCAUGACGUCACACAAAGAAGGACGCAGAGGAAUCUUUUUUGAUUUGGAUAAUACGCUGUUACCAACAUAUCCCUGUCAUCUGAACGCCUUAAAUCAUGUGGUUUAUUAUUUUAAAAAGGAAUACAACUUUACGGGCGAACAAUCUAACAAAAUAAUUGAAUCCUUUCGUGAACUUAAUUUGGAGAGUCCAGUUGACCCAAACAACCUUUUAGAUUUUACAGCAUGGAGAAAAUUGUUGUGGCAAAAAGCUGUUAAAAUUAAUGCAGGUACAGACAUUAACGUUGAUAUAGAUAAAUUGCAUGCUCUAUAUGAAGAUGAAUUUUUUAAAGAUAUGAUAUUUGAUAAAGAAGCUGUGUCUGUAUUGAAAAAUUUAAGAGAUGAGUUUAAAUUAAUCAUUAUAACAAAUGGUGACUCAACGUGGCAAAAAAAGAAAAUUGAGAGAUGCAACGCAAUGAAAUAUGUCGACGACGUUGUAAUAGGAGGGGAUCACAAACUUCGAAAGCCAACUGCUGAACUCUUUCUUAUUGCAUGCAGAAAAAACGGACUAGAACCAAAACAUUGUGUUAUUGUGGGAGACAAAAUGUCAACCGACAUAUUGGGUGGAAGAAAUGCUGGUUUUAAGUGGACUGUGUUAUUGUCGUCUAAUUACGGUAAAAAUCACAAUGAUACUUUUGUUAAACCAGACUUUUGUAUUAAGCAAUUGGAUAAGUUGCAUGAUGUGCUGGAAAAAAUUGGUUGGGAAAGUCAUGACAGUCAUAAUCAUCAUCAUUAGCAGCUUCCAAUAAACACUCAAGAGGUUAAAUUUACUUUUAACUUCAUGUAUUUUUAGAAAUAAGUAAACUAAAUUAGAUAUA